UAAACAAGCGGCGCGUGGACCGCGCAGAGGCUGCUACGAUGAUGGCGUCUCAUCGCUUUAACCUUCGAGGAGUGGUUCUUUGUCUUUCCUUCCUCUUUACGUUUUACUUUAUUUUACCGGGUUCGCGAUGCUAACUACGCAUUAGAAGCAACUACGAAUCAUCGCGUCUGUCGAAGGAGUGCGCGCGCGCGCACGUGUACACGCACACGUACUCGCGCUGUUUUAUCCUAAACGGUAAUCCGUGGAGCGAAGUGUCGGAAGGAAAAGGACGGUAUUUCGUGGUCUAUCGAGUAAAUGCUUGUCUUUUGUGAAAUCUCGUACAGACGAAACCUUGAAAAAGUUCCGGCUAAGAAACGACGUAGAAAAAGAGAAUUAGCGUGUGGUCGCGUGUUUUGUAAUCGGUCGCGAUACACUAUACAUCGUUCCAGCUUCUUUUCUAUGUGUAUUUAUACACAUAUAUCUUUACGCGUGUUGAUUUCGGACUAUCGGCAUGCCGAGUAAUGCGGGACACACGACAGUGGUGCUCCGGUAGUGAUUGUGUUAUCGACGUGUCAUCAUCAUCGUCAACAUCGAGGACGAUCGACACGGAUCCACUUCGCGGCCAGGAAUGUACGUAAUAUUUAUGAGACACGCGUUCCACUGGCGGAGCUAUGAGGGGCGGGAAAUUCUUCAUCUUCAACAAGAAGCUGCUCUGAGCGUCUCUUCUCUCGUUCGCCGUCUAGAGCCUGCUAAAAAGCUGUGAAGAGGAAGAAGAGGAAGAAAGGAAACCUCCUCCCUCGCCCCCCAAGAAAAAGAAACUACUCGAUCAAAAGGAAUCCACAGAGAUCCUUGGCAUCUCACGAAAACUCAUUUAAUCCGUCUGAUUGAAAAAGAAACGAAGGAUCGAGUAACCGAGAUCCGAGGCAACAACUGGAAGAUCAAGGCAUCGCGGUCUAUUGGAGCGGCGGGAAGAGGGGAAUCCGCGGACGAGGUCGUUCGGCAGUCAUUUGAAGACGGAUCGGCCGUGACCGCGGUUUCUUUUCGCGUAAGGAGACGUAAGGAAAGUCGGAGAUAACAAAUCGAGGCGAAUUUAUUUAUACAUUUUUCGCUCGAGGAUUUUCUUUCUGGCGAAACAAUCGUAUUCACGUGAGGAGAGGCGGAAAGAUCUGGUUUGAAUCGGAUAUAUACAUACGCGCCACCAUCCACCCACUCUCUCUCUCUCUCUCCGUUCUCGAAUCGAAUCGAAUGAUCGAUCCUCCUCGGUUGGGAGAGAUCGAGGCGUCGGGGCAGGGGAGAAAGGGGUGGUUGUAACGCGACGAGAGGUGUCGUGGUGGCGAUCGAUCGAUCGAUCGAUCGGGCGAAGGUGGAGGGGGAGGACGAAGGGAGAGGCGACAGGAGGCGGAGGAGGCGGAGGAGGAGGCGGAGGAGGAGGAGGAGGAGGAGGGAAGGUAAUUCGGGGAAGGUUUGACGAUCUCGCCCCGUUCCUCGGCGAAGCGCAGCGCCGCCGUGUUGUUGGCCGUGGCGAGAGGAGGAUGGGGGGGACGAGGUGGCGGUGGUGGUGGCGGCGGUGGUCGCCGGUGAUGUUGCUGCUGUGCGCCGCCGUGUCGCUGGCCGCUUGCCAAUUCGAUGCAACUUGGAGCACCGCCACUCCCGCUCUCGACGACGAUUACGACGAGAUUAGGAGAGGGUACGUGGCCGAUUACGGGAUCGAGCAGUCGGUCCUCGGGAACGGACACCACCGAAAAAGGGACGACCCCCGAGAUCCGUUCUACGAGAGAAUCGGUUCCUACAGGCGCAACAGGGCGAUAGAUUCCAGGUCGACGGAAGCGAACACGAAAUUGGCGGAGGAAGGUGGGCAACAAUCGAGGCUGCCCAAAUCGAGCGUGAAGUCGAGCGACUUGGGCCGUGACAAGGGGCGGAGGUACAAAAAUGUGACGAUCGGCGAUGGGAUCUGUCAGAGUAUCGACAUACGGAACACGGCGUCCGCGUUUGGAAUUAUGAAGGACUGCAGGGUGAUAGAGGGCUUCCUGCAGAUCGUCCUUAUCGAGAACAACUCGGAGAGGGAUUUUCAACCGAUCAGUUUCCCCCUGCUCAGAGAGAUCACCGGAUAUCUCCUACUCUAUCGCGUGAACGGAUUGAAAACGUUGAGCAAUCUGUUCCCCAAUCUCGAGGUGAUCAGGGGAAACAUUUUGCUCACCGAUUACGCGUUCAUGGUGUACGAGAUGCAGAAUCUUCAAGAGAUCGGGCUGAAGAAACUUACCGAGAUCUCGAGGGGCAGCGUGCGGAUCGAGAAAAAUCCCGCGCUCUGCUACACCACCACCCUUAACUGGGACCUCAUCGUCUCCGCGGGGGAGAACGUGAUCAAGGACAACGGAGAGGAGGCCUCCUGCCCCGGAUGUUCCCACUGUCCUGCCGGUUAUUGUUGGACUUCCCAGUAUUGUCAGAGGAUGGAAAAACCGAGAUGUCACGAGCAGUGUCUUGGCGAGUGUCACGGCCCCACCGAGAGCAAGUGCUACGUUUGCAAGCAUUACCGCCACGAGGGGAAAUGCGUGGAGACGUGCCCCGCCCAUCUAUAUUCGUAUCUCUCGAGGCGGUGCGUCACGAAAGACGAAUGCGUGAAGAUGAAUCGUCUGAGGAGAGUGUACUACGUUCUGGAGGAUGGCCUGGCCUGGAGACCGUUCAAUGGAUCGUGCGUGACUCAUUGCCCCGAUGGAUACGAGGACGCCCUCGACGAAAACAACAUGACCACGUGUCGGGCUUGCAUGAACAGUUGCCGGAAGGUCGGGCACGGAGCCCUGAUCCGUCACAUAUCCGACGCCCAGAGUUUCCGGGGUAUAACGGUGGUGAAGGGGGCGCUCGAGUUCCAGAUACGAAACGGGAACCCGAACAUAAUGAACGAGUUGAGCGAGGCGUUCGGCCGGAUCGAGGAGAUAACCGAGUACGUGAAGAUCACCCACUCGUUCCCGAUCACCUCGUUGAGCUUCUUCAAGAGGUUGAGGGUGAUCAAGGGCGAGCAGCUGGACAUAAACAACGCGAGCCUGUCCGUGCUCGACAACCCGAACCUGUCGAGCCUGUUCCCGCCGGAGCAGGAGAUCAGGAUCGAGAACGGCCGACUGUUCUUCCACUACAAUCCGAAGCUGUGCCUGUCCAAGAUCGAGCAGUUCAGCAAAAUGGUGAACAUCUCCAACUUCACCGACCUCGAGAUACAGCCCCAGUCGAACGGGGAGAAGGUCGCCUGCAACAUAGUGAACAUAAACAUUACGGUGGAGAGGCUGGGCCCCGACUACGCGGACCUAAUGUGGGACAGUUACAAGGCGCCCGAGGGGCAGCAGUUGCUCAGCUAUCUGCUGAAUUACAUCGAGACGGAGAACGAGAACAUCACUUACGAGAUGAACGCGUGCGGCGGCAACAACACCUGGCAGAUACUCGACGUGGACAUACCGAAAUGGACGUCCCCGGUUUCCAAGCACAUCGGCAACUUGAAACCGUACACGAUGUACGCGGUCUACGUGAAAACGUUCAACUCGAGGACCACGAAUUUCUUCGUGAACCCGAACGAGGUCGGCCAGUCGAGGAUCAUCUUCUUCAGGACCAAGAGCGCCGUACCGUCCCCCCCCGUGAACGUGGUCUCGAGCCCGUUGAGCGACACCGAGAUCCUGGUCAAGUGGGAGUCGCCCUUGUUCCCCAACGGGCCCAUAGGCUACUACAUGCUCUCCGCCACCAUGAUCCGCGAGGACGAGGCUUUGAUCUCGUCCAGGGAUUACUGCAACGACACGCUGGAGAACGACCUCGAGGCGGAGGAGGAGGCGGCGCUGGUGCCCGAGGUCACGGUGAAGACGCCCGUCGUCGGCAGGCCGGGGGCUAGCUCGUGCUGCUCCAAGAGCCCGGCCCGGAGCGUGGUCACGUCCAAGAAAUUCGAGAUAUUCUGCCACGAGAACACCACCAUCAGCUACAUAUCCCCCGGCUGGAAGGAUUACUGCGUGUACAACGACUACAACGCGGUGGUCGACGACCGGUUCUACGAGCUGGCCAACAACCUGUCCACCCCCAGGCCGGAGGACGGGUCCGGAGCGAGCAGCAGCAGCAGCAACAAGGACGCGGCGGUGGUGGUGGACAAGGACGCGGUCACGUACAACGUGAGCGGGCGGAACAAUUCGCUCGUGAUCGACCAACUGCGCCAUUACUCCCGCUACAUAGUCACCAUAGCCGCGUGCGGCGUCAAGGUGGACGAGUCGAACAUGUGCUCGUCGAUCCAGUACGCGCACGCCAGGACGAGGAAGCGCGGCCGCGCGGACGACGUGAGCAACGUGAGGGUGAGGGUGACCAACAACACGAUAGUGGAGGUGUUCUGGGACCUGGUCCGGCAUCCCAACGCGCUCACCGUCUCCUACACCAUCGAGUACACCAAUCUGGACGUGAAGGACGCGAAGAAGAGCACCGAGUGCAUCCCCCGCCUCGCGGCCCACGCUCGAACGGACGCGAGGGGCGGCAGCUACCUGAUCAGGAACCUCGCCCCUGGAAAGUACAGCCUUCGAAUGAGGUCGACGUCGCUGGCCGGGGACGGCCGUUUCUCCGACGUGGUCCACUUCUCCAUAGAUCUGACCGACUCAGCGCCCGUCACGUUGGUCGCGCUGCUCGUGCUCUGCGUCCUGGCCAUGAUCUCGGUCGUGCUGUUCGUCGUGUGGAGGCACCACCGCAACAGGAAGAACCAGGAGAGGUUGAUCGCGAGCGUGAACCCCGAUUACAUAGAGACCAAGUACGUGAUCGACGAGUGGGAGGUACCCAGGGAAAGCGUGGAGAUCUCGAACGAGCUCGGCCUCGGGAAUUUCGGGAUGGUGUACAGGGGCGUUUACGACAAGAGCGUACCGGUCGCCAUCAAGACCAUCUCGAAGACGGCCAGCCAGAGGGAGAAGAACGAGUUCUUGAACGAGGCGUCGGUGAUGAAGAACUUCUCCACUUUUCACAUAAUCAAACUGAUAGGGGUCGUCUCGAUCGAGAACCCGCCGUUCGUCAUCAUGGAGCUGAUGGAGAACGGGGACCUCAAGACGUACCUCAGACGGAUCCGCGACACCCGCCUCGUGCCCGACACGUGCAGGAUCAUGAGGAUGGCGGCCGAGAUAGCCGACGGGAUGGCCUACCUGGAGUCGAAGAAAUACGUGCACCGGGACCUGGCCGCGAGGAACUGCAUGGUUUCCAAGGAUCUGGUGUGCAAGAUCGGCGACUUCGGCAUGGCGAGGGACGUGUACGAGACGGAUUACUACAAGAUCGGGAGGAAGGGCCUGCUCCCGAUCAGGUGGAUGGCUCCCGAGAAUCUGUCGGACGGCGUGUUCACGUCCGACUCGGACGUCUGGUCGUUCGGCGUCGUCCUCUACGAGAUCCUCACCCUGGCCGAGAUCCCCUACCAGGGUUUCUCCAACGAGGAGGUGCUCAGCCACGUGCUGCACAAGGGGACGUUGAACGUGCCCCGCGACUGCCCCGAGAACAUCCACAAGAUCAUGGAGAAGUGCUUCAAGUGGCGGCCCAGCGACCGCCCGACCUUCAUGGAGAUCGUGUCCGAGCUCGAGCCGUUCCUCGGCCAAGACUUCUACGAGAAGUCGUUCUACCACUCGAUGGAGGGCGUGGAGAGCCGCAACUCGGGCCUCAAGAAGCCCUACCAUCACGCCGCCCCUAUCAGAUUCCACUGGGGCAACGAGACGGCCAGGUGGGUGAAGGAGUUCGAGGACAACGUGACGCUGUUGGAUCAGACCAAGGCCGGGACCAGCAGGGCGCGCAUCUUCAAAAACGGUUUCCAGCACUUUGGUAACGUAACCGCCAACAUGGAAGACGUGCCUCUCGAUCGAUGAGCUCGUGAAAAGGGAGUCGGCCUAUAUAUAUAUAUAUAUACGUAUAUGUAUAUAUGACGCGACUUUCGCGCGAUGGCGCGCCUAUGUUCCUUCGGCGGACCGAGGAGCCCCCGCCCCCUCCCCCUCUGCCCCGAUAAGUCGGAAAACUCGUUCGGAUUCGAUGUACAAAAGAGAGGAUACUCAGGGCGGGGUGAGUCGUACGAAACGAGAGGGCCCGACGAGUUUCGAUGGACGGGGAGAAGCGACAGGCAAGGAUGUUUUCUCUUUACUUUUUUUCUCGUUUUUUAUCAUUAUUAUUACUAUUAUUAUUAUUUCUUUUAUUUUUUCGUUCUCCUCCUCCCCUCCUCUCCCCCUGUUUUUCUCUUGCCAACGCGAGGACGGAAACAACGGGCGCUCGUCCGUCAUCGUCGGUGAGGAUCGUUGAUGAGGAUCCUGACGACGACGACGACGACGAUCUUUUUCGCGUUCUUCCUAUUACAGACAGAACCUAAGCGCGCGUCGAGCCAAAAGUGUCCGAUCGGAAGACUUGGUGUCGAAUGUCGGACGCGAUAUUUUUUUUUUUUUUUCCCUCGAAAAGCGUAACCAAAACAACGUUCUUAGUUCCGCUCCUCUAUCGUGCAAGUCUGAGAAAGUUUGUUCGUUCCUUCGAUGAAGAAAAAGAUACUAUACUUUUUAUAUAUAUACUUUUAUGGUUUCGUUUUAUUUUUUUUUUUUUUUUUUUUUUUUCGUUUGCGAGUAUUUUUCGUUUUUCUCUUCCUCUUUUUCCCCUCCUCCUCCUCCUCCGUCUCCUUCUCCUUUCUUUUCUCUCUAGAUUAGUUAAUAAUUCUAGAAUAGAAUUCUAGAAGAAUAGGAUUAGUUGGUGAAUAUUAGAUAACGUUUCUAGCGAUUUGUUGUACUCGUAGCCUUGUGCCGCGCAAAGAACUGACUAAUUAUAUCACACGUGUUAUACACAUACGGAAAGAAAUCGCAUCAGAGGAUACGUAGAGGAUACGACGAAUUCAUUUGUUAUUUCGGUAUACGUUCGAUUAAAACUCGAAAUACAGUAGGGCGAUAACGACGAAUUCGUAUGUACGUAUGUAUAUAUGCAUGCACGUGUGCACGAGCUUCCGCGCGAGAAGCGGAAGAGGAGGGCACGCGUCGCGCCGUUACUUCCUUCGUCGAGAAAUCCCGAUUUCGAAAAAAGUUGCAAGCUCGUCGGAACGCAUUUUUGCUCCAUUCGUCAAGUCGAACUCGACGCGUCGUGCAUUAACGCAUACAUAUCUCUAACGAACGCUCUAUCGAAAAAAGGAAGGAAGAAAGAAAGAAAGAAUGGAAGAAAGAAGAUUUAGCAAUACCGAGAGAAUAAGAGAAUCCUCCUCCUUUUCCCGCAAUACGCAAUUUAAGGAUUUCAAAUUUCGGUUCGGUUCGUUUUCUUUUCUUUUUUUUUUUUUUUUUAACCGAACGAACCGAAUAUCGUAUUAUUUUUCUUCGAAAGUGGAAAAAAUAAAUAAAUUGCGGAGAAAAAUCGCGGUGCAGCAAUAAUUCCACAUCGAUUCUAUUAUUUCAUCAAACUUUUCGCAAUAUAAUAAUGGAAGCGUAAUUCGAAUCCUAUUCUCUCCUCUUCCCGUUGGCAAGGAUAUCUUGGUUGAACGGCAAGUUUUUUUCUUCUUCCCGUCUUUGUUAGAUUAUUAGAUCCCGUUACGUCACGUUUGUCGAAUCGUUGUAUAAUAUAUAUUGCCUCGACGAGAGAAAGAAAUUUAUCGUUUUGGACGCGAGAUAAUCUCGAACGACGUCGUUAACUUUUUUUCUCCCCUCCCCUACGAUUCGAGCGAACGUUAAUUGGAUGGUGGCGAAAAAUAGAGGACGCGAAUGUAAUUUCUCGCUUUUGUCUCUCCAUAAAGGAGGAAAGAGAUAAACGAAAGAAAAGAGAGACGAGAGAUUUGACAAGAAAUCAUUACCACGGGCAUAAAUUAUACAUCUUACCUUUACCGCGUAAGUCCAAACGAAAGAAACGUUCCGUUCAACCGAACGUAAAAAUCAGAACCGAUCCCCUUCUCCUCGCUCGACUCUUCCUUCCUUUCUUCCUUCCCUCCCUCCCUCCCUCCCUCCCUUCCUUUUCCCCCAAUUUUUUCUAAAUCCUCUCCCCUCCCUUCACCGAACACUUCCAAUUCAUCCUGUAAUUCCAACGUGUUCCAUCAAGAAGAACGAUCGAAAGAGAGGAGGGAGGGAGGGGGAAGAGGCAGAGAGAGAGAGAGAGGCAGCUGCACCGCGAUGCACCGCCACCCCAUUUCGUUCACGAAUCGAUUCCAGACUGUGUUCAUACGACGGAGACGAGCUGUGGCCGACAGAGAAAGAGCGAGAGCCAGGGAAGGGGGUGACUUAGACGAUCGUCGAGCGCUCGAGAAUCCAUAGACGCGUACACUAUACGUAAAUACACAUAUAUUACAGAGUUCCUUGUUCCUCCGAUAUACGCGCGCGUACGCGCGUAUUUCGCACGUUUGUUGCGCGUGGCCUUCAAACGUUGUACAUAAUAAUAUUUUAUUCGCGAGGGAGGGUGAUGGGGGAGGGAAGGGGGCACGCGCAGUAUACGUCGUUCUAGAUUUAAAGAAGGAGAAGAAAGAAAAAGAAGGAGAAAAAGAAAAAAAGAAAUUUGCAAUAAGCAUGCCAACAAUCUUCUCGCAAUAAGUAAGGGAACGUAAUUAACGGUAUACAAAGUAGAGAGAUUAGUUUUGAACGUUGUAAACGUUUGUAAGUAAUUAGCGGCGGCGUAAAGUAUAGGCGUAAAGCGAAAAGAAGAAAAUUUAAGGAAAAUAACAGAAAAGAAAUAUAUCUCUAUUUUAUUGUAACAUAUAUAUUUAUAUAUGUAUGUAUGCACGAUCGCUCGUCAAUAUCCCGACACUUCGACGAGUUUUAUACGACGAAUGCGACUUAAUGGCAGAAGUUAACUGGAAAAUUUUCUUUUCUCUCUCUCUCUCUCUCUCUCUCUCUUUGUUAAGUUAACAAACCGUGGAAUUUUAAUCCAUCGAAGAAUAACCCAUUCUACAGUUUAUUACGAAAAGAGUUCUUUUUCUCUCUCUUCGAAAAGUUAAAGAACUUUUCGAAAUAAUCGACACGCGAGAGAAAGGUUCGAAACGUCGAGUCUUAAAAUUCUCAUACACGUCUCUUCGAUCGUAUGAAAUUCCUCCUCGUGAUAUACCGGGUUAUUAAUGGUGGUCUGCCGGUAUGUAAGAUCGAUUUAUCCAAAAAUCCAUUUAUUCUCGAUUUUAUAAUUGAAUCACUUCCUGCCUCGAGCGAUCAAGUGUCUGGAUACUUUUGAACGGUGGUGUGUAUGCACGAUAUAUACGUAGAUACGUAUACACAUAGAUACACGUUCGAAUAAGUAUUUUUUCGGUGGCUCUAUAUUUAUACUUCGAUCGAUCGAACAUACGUACACACGCGUACACGUGUAUAUAUAUAUAUAUAUAUAUAUACACACACACGCGUACAUAUGUACACUGUUAGAAGGGGGAUAAAAAGGGGGGGAGGGGGACAGAGACGAGAAAGGUGUCUCGUGGCAUCACGAAUACAUUGGCGCAGAUACAGACGGAAGUUCAAAGAAGACUUAUCGACCACCGUUGCUAAGAGUCCUUUCUGCCUGGAUUCUUUUCGCUUAUCGAAAGACAACUAUGUGUUCGAUUUCUUAUUCUCGGGAAUUUCGAGUUUAUUUCGAGAGAGCAAUGUGAUAUAGAGACGAGGAUACGAGGAUGUUUCGUUUCUUUCUUUCUUCCUUUUUUUCCCCUUCUUUUCUUUUUUUUUUUGUAAUAUACACUUAUUAUUAACCGUACAGUUUUCGAUAAAAAUGUGAGGGAGGAAUUUAAGGGAGGUUAUAGGUUUGGUUGUAAAAAGAAAAAAGUCGUUUAUUUGUUUAUUUCUUUUUUUUUUUUUUCUCAUGGAUGAUCAUUCUUCGCAAAUCCCACAUUUUUUUUCGAGAUUCGUAAGCAAUUAAUUAGGGUGUAGCGUAUGACGAAUCACGUUACGUUUCGUGUUCAGUAUUUGUAGUUAGUUUUAAAGAAAGAAGGAGAAAGAAAAUGUAGAAACGUUCGAACGAAACACCUUGUACGCGUGCAACUGUAUCACCGAAAUCUUUUAUUUAACUUAAGAAUCGACUAUCCACGGUUGAAAGUUGAAACAGUAUAUACCUAUAUAUACCUAUACAUAUAUAUAUAUGCAGACGAAUAUUUUAUUAUAUCGAAAUAGUGUUUCUAUUUUAUUAGAUAUUUGUACAUAUAUUUAACUUAUUCGUAUUUAAUUCGCGGGCACUUAACUCGCGAUCUCUCUUAUUCUAAUUAUUACCGAAUUAGAAGUUCCUUUAAUUUAGAGCAAUAGAUUAAUAUCGGUAUCGUACGAUUUCAUGAAAUAUUUACUUUAAUUUAUAUACACAAAUAAUAAGAGUAAAUAACGCUGAUAAUUUAUAUAUAUAAAAAAAAAAAAUAGCGAAUAAGGAUGAUUGAUACGUAAUUAGAAAAUUUGAAUUCUGCGAAUACUACCCUUUUCUCUUCUUUCUUCGUUCUCUUCAAACAUCGAUGGAUGAUGAAACUGGAUCAAUCCGCGCUCUUAAUAUUUUUACCGAGUGAGAGAGAGAGAGAGAGAGAGAGAGAGAGAGAGAGAGAGAGAGAGAGAGAGAGAGAGAGAGAGAAUGUAAGAAAAAAAACUCGUAGACUCGUCUUCGCUUUAAGGAUUAAUCUAUUUAUCACGAAUAGCAUUCAGAGAGAGAGAGAGAGAUGAUUUCUUCCAUACAGUUGGAAUUUACUUGAAAUAUUUCUCUUCGUUUCGUUUCGCAAUUUCUUUCUUUCUUCUUUUUUUUUUCUUUACGAAAUUCGAGCAAAUUGAUUCGAUCGAAUCUUUUUUCUUUUUUUUUUUUUUUCCUCCCCUUCGAAGAUUGAUUCUUUUUAAUAAUGGAUAGCACCAGCGAGACCAAAUAUCAUAAAACGUUGGGUAAACGACGAGGAUACGAGAAUCGUAGUACGAGAGAAUCCUUCGAAAGCCUUGAGAUAUAUCAUCGUGCAUACGUUGUACAUAUUAUAAGAAAGAAUGAUGAUGAUCGUUAAUCGUUAAACCACUCUGCUAUUCGUAUGUUUCGUUGGUUGGAAAUAAUUGACCCGAUAUUCCUUCCCGAAAAUUUUGUCGAUAAUUGGAUCGAAACAAAACGAGCACGUAUGGUUCUAUCUUCCAGUAUUUUGCCCCAAAAAACGAUCGACGGAAUUAAACGGAUAUAAAUAAUCGUGGAAAAUUUUUAAUCCCGCCACUUGCGGGGGAAGAAAGUAUAUCCGAAGAGUGCUGAUUCUUCGCUGUGUUCCACACCAUACGUAAUAACGUUAAACGCUAAAAUUAAGGAGAUAGGAAACAAAAAAAAAAAAAAAAAAAACUGUAAGUGAACUCGAGUUUUCUCGAAUUGAAAUACUUUGAAUGGGCAUUACAAACAUAUGUAUAUUUGUCGCGAGUCGUCUCGCGUUUCAAUGAUAUACGACUAUUUUUUACUCGUUGCAAUAAGUAGAGAUUUAAAAAAGAAAAAGGAAAAAAAAAUUUGUACAUAAAAGAGAGAAUGGAACGAGAGAGAGAGAGAAAGAGAGGGGAGGAGGGGGAGAGAAACUCUACGGUUUCUAUCGAAUAAGCAUUCACGAGGGAUAAAUAAAAUAAGGGAGAGAGAGAGAGAAUAAAGAGUUUAGAAUAAAUUAAAUACAGAGAGGGGGGGAGAAAAAAGGUGGAGGGAAAGUUCAAAGGAAUGUCGGGUCAACAGAGGGGGUGGGGGAAAGGGAAAGUUCGAUAACUAAUAAAAAAAGAAAAAGAAAAAAAAAAAAGAAACCAACUACCCUUCUAUGUGGGUUAUCGAUCCUGGUAUAUUUAUUGUUGCCACCUAGUGCCUGAAGGCAGGAAAUCGUUUCUCGCGCGUUUCCGGAAACGCGGAAACACGUGUUUCUUUUUUUUCUUUUUUCUUUUUUUUUUUUUUUUUCUCUCCUCUCUCGUUAUUAAUACAGAUGGUCAGUGCCGUAACUAGAAAACAUUUCCUUCCCACGUUAAGUUCAACCGAGUUUGUUACUUACACACGAUUCUCUUCUUCUUCUUUUUCUUCUUUUUUUACGAUAUAUUCUGUCGAUGCUACAGCCACGAAAGGGGAGAAUUUUGCUCAAUUAUAUUUUUCUCGUUUAUUAUCUCCUCUUCGACAAACACUUGGUUUCCGAAUAAACAGAUCGAAAUAUGUACUGAUACAACACUUUUAAUCACGUUCCUUCCUUCCUCAAUAAGAGUAACGCAUAGAACAGCGGUGGACGCUGUUCGUCUCGCUCGCUCUUCGAGCAGAUCGCGCACACCUCUACCAAUUAAUUCGUUCGAUCGUUCUCGCCUCAGAGAGCAGAGUUAAAUACGAAAAUCAUAAAUUUCUUCGCCGGAUUAUAUCUUCCUUCCAAUCGUAAUCAGGCCGGCCAAGUAGCCAAGUGUAUGGAACAGAGAAUAAUGGGCGAAUCCCCAUCCAUCGAUCCAAUCGAUCGAUCGCUAGAGCGUUAAUUUAUCUAAUGUUAAAAGAAAAAGAAAAAGAGAAAAGAAAACGUGAGUAGCCUCCUCCCCGUGUAUAUAUAUAAAAACGAGUUUUCCGUUUAGGAAUUAUUACACACAGUGACAGGGUGAGCGAAGGAAAGUUGUUGUCGUAUUUGUUGGCGAGCGAUCAGUCAAGAAGAUAACCGUCGCCGCCGCCGCCGCCGCCCCUCUCCCCCCUCCCCCUGCCUCGUCUCGUGGACGAAGCAAAUAUCCUAAUUUAUAGACCGGGUAAUGGAGAGGAAAGUCGGCGACACUGAAAAUGUGGCCGUUAUAUAUAUAUAUAUAAUAAUAAUAAUAUAUAUAUAUAUAUAUACGCUAUACAUUGGCCUGUGUACAGUACCUUAGUUGCCUAUGCUAAGUAAUUAUAGUCGGUUAAUUAGCGUAAGAGACACACUCGUCGAGACGCGUGAGAGAGUUUUCGGGACGAAACGAUCUUUCCACACCGCGGACCGAUAAAUUAUUCGUCGAAGGGAAAUAUAGAUAUAGUGAUAAUAAUAAAGUGUACGGUGAUGUUGGUUCGCUUGAAUUUAAAUUUCGCGAGAUAAUCGGUUCGUAACGAGGGAGAGGGAGGGGGAAGGAAGGGUAUUCGCGAUCGCUUUACGAAGCCAUUUUAAAUGGAACAAUUUGUCCUGAAAAGAAAGGAAAAGGAAAGAAAAAAAUGUCUAAUCGACGCGAGUUUUUAAAAUUAACCAUUGAAAUUUACCGAAUUUAUUCUUAGCCUUAGUUAAAAAUAACCAUAUCCGAUUAAAAUAACUUUCGUCUUUUUCGUCGAUCGCUCCUUUUCCUCCCUAUCUCGAUAUAGAAAGAGAGAGAGAAAGAGGGAGAGAAUCACGUCGUUCAAGCAUUCUUCGAUAAUUCAUUAAAUUGCCAGACUUUUUCAAACACCCCGAUAUGAAAUAUUGACACGAAAUAUUGCCCGUGAUUCGGUAUUUUUCUUCUCUUUACCCGCUGCUUAUUCUGACCGAUGUGUGUGUGUUUUUUUCCCCCCUCGAAACGGCCAAGAUUAAUUUAAAAUUAAACGACGGACGAACUUCAAAUUGGCGAUCGUUCUAGUUACGGUAUUAGAUAAGCGGUUAUGUGUGUGUAUAUAUAUAUAUAUAUAUAUUAUAGUGUGCACGAGUGUACGCACAAAAAAACAGAAAAAAGGGAAAAAAAACGCGCGCUGCGCGCAGCAGAAUUUCUAUGGACUGACAUUGAAGACUUAGUUUUAAAAUUAGAUGUAUCGCGUUUUAAAUAUUAUUUUUCGUAAACCUGUCCGGGUCUUCGGUCUCGGAGUGAGAGAAACAUUCGCGGAAGUUGAACGAGAAUUUUUGCAACCGCCUGUAUAUAUAAUUCUCCGUUUUCUUUUUUUUUUUUUUCUUUCUUUCUUUUUGUCAAAUACAAAUACGUGUUUUCUACAAAACGGAAAACGAGAUCUACGAAUCGAUGAAAUAAUUUUUUCACGUCAAAUGUUUGUGUAGAUUAUUUGUGUAGAUUGUUUGUUUUUUUUUUUUUUUUUUUUUAGUUUCUUCGAAAUUAAGUAAGUUUGAAUAUAAAAAUAUCCUUUAUCGAUUUAUAUUUGUUAGAAUAUUAAUUACUGUGUAAAUUUCUAAUGAUCUUCAUUCUAUUUGAAAAUUUAUUUCGAACUUUGUUUUUACGUUAUCGUAAUUAUUGUUGAGGAGGAGGGGAGAGAGAGAGAGAGAGAGAGAGAGAGAGAGAGAGAGAGAGAGAGAGAGAGAGAGAGAGAGAGAGAGAGAGAGAGAGAGAGAGAGAGAGAGAGAGAGAGAGAGAGAGAGAGAGAGAGAGAGAGAGAGAGAGAAUAGACACUCUAAUCUUUAAUGCCUAUUAUUCUGAAAUCAUCGAUAAUUUUCACACACACACACACACACACACAAAUUCUAUAUUGCCUAAGCAUCUAUCGAUCUAUAUAUAUAUAUAUAUACGAACAAGAAAUGACGAAAAAGUAAUUAUCCAUUGUUUCAAACAAACUUCCACAAGCAAUAAGCAAAAGGUACAACGUAAUAAAGGUUAGCUUAGAAAAAGUCUAAAAUCAAGAUAGGAUCCCUCGUGGAUCAACUCGAACGAUUCACUUACGAUAUAAAAUAAUUAAAGGGGAAAAAAAAAAAAAAGAAAAAAGAAAAAAAAACCAGACUAAAAAGAAUAAUUAUUCUUAUUAUAUAAAUCGAUAUAUAUAGAUCUCUCCGUAUCGUAUUUUUAUCCACGUAGCAGCCUUCCCAACCCCUAAGAUCUAAUAUUCUUCUGUAUCGAUAUUACACGACGAUUUUUUAAUAACCAAAAGCAACAGUGAAGGAAAACUUUCCGAUAAACUUUAAACUUUAAACUCGGAUUCGAAGAAAGGAGAGGAUAGGAAAGAGAAUAAAACUCAAGAUGCAUAGUCCUAUAUUUUAUACAGACCUUGUUACCUUAGCUAGCUUAUAAGUAUACCGAUAAUAAUAAGAAGACGCAUGUAUAACGAUACAUUGAACUCUAGGGUGUAGCGAUUUAAGCGAAUUCCGAGAUAAUUUUCUUUCUUCUUUUUUUUUUAUUAUUUUAUUUUAUUUCAUUUUAUUUUAUUAUUUUUUUUUCUUUUUUCUUUAAGGAACUCGCGUACGGGUAUUCGGAUUUUUCUUCUUCUUUUUUCUCCUUCUUCUUUUCCUUUUUCUUCUCAGUUAUUCGCUUUUUAUUUAUGACCGUUGACCGUAGAAUUUAAGCUUCUUUCCCUGGCGGACGGAAUUUUUGUUUCGUUCGUUGGAUGGACGAUCGAGUUUACCACUCGUUAAAUAUAAUAGGGAUAAGUAAGGGAAGACGAUGGGAAAGUGCCACGAUUCGGCAAAAAUAUUCGCGAUGCUUGGAUGGCGAGAAGAUGGGGCGUCGAUCUUUCGUCGAGCCACGUUCGAAGCAAUAGAUAAACCGGAUCGUUUAGUAAAAAAGAAAAAAAAAAAAGUAAUAGUUUUGUACGAGAAUGCAAUGGGUGUUUCCAUUGGUGAAAAAAAGAAAAGAAAAAAGAAAAAAAAAAUCGGUGGAAUUUAUUUCGUCGUGUUCGAGCGCCGUAUUUGCUGUAUGGUCAUCGUGGUCGUGUUUCAGGGAAAAGAGUCUCACGAAUCGAAGAAUAAUCUUCCUCGUUUAAUUCGAUAAUUAAAUAAAAUCGUUACCACUUCAACGUCACCAGCCAUUUCGGAUAUUAUCGGAGUAAAAAUCAUUCGCGCAAUCGAGAAAAGUAAAACGAGCGAAUUAAAUGAAUAAACAUUGCUCACGAAGUUUGUUGUCACGAAAAAAAGGUGUAUCAACAAUUUUUCCUUUCACGAAUGUUAAUAACUCUAUUCUCUAUUCUUCCAACAGAAUACAGAUUUUUUUUCUUUUUUUUUAUCUAAUUUCAAACAAAAUUUACACGAGAAACAUUACGUGCGCUUCUUGCAAUCCUCGUGAGCGAUCAAAACUUCCCUCGGCAGCACUCGAUCCUCGUUAACAGAGACGACCAAUUAUUUAUCGUUAUAAUUUAUCCCGAGUGGGUGAAUUUUUUUUCUUCUUUAUCCUCGCGGAAAAUUAUCCUCCCUCUCGAGAAACCCUUUCUGGCGACCCCCUUCCCCGAUUGAACCCGUCACCCAUUGGAGCAACGUUGGAAAUGAAUAAUAUUUUCGACGAGAGAUAUCACCUAACUGUGUUGCAAUUUCUCCCCUCCUCCCUACCUCCUCCUCCCCUCCCCCCUCCUCCGAAACGGGGCGAAUAAGAUUGUAAUCUGUAACGUUCUCUCGAAAAGAGAAAUGUAGAAGAGUAGUCGGGUCUGCUGCGGUCGUCGUCGGUCGGUUUAUCGAGGAUAUUUUGAAAUUCUCAGGGUGAUCGGAUAAUACUGUACUGGAAACGGAGUACGCGAGGAGAAACCAAAAUCCACUACCCUUUUCCGCUACCUAACCGAGAGAGAGAAAAAAGAAACUAUUAUUCCUUUAAUUAAAAAAAAAAAAAAAAAGAAGAAAAAAAAGAGGAAAAAAAGGAAAAAUAAAGGGGGAAAAAAAAAAUUAAAAAGAGAUUAAGAAAAAAUAGAAAAAAAAAAUCCUGCCAUACCAAGUGUCUUCCAAGACAGAGACUAUUUAAUAGGGAAUUAGUUUUUUAGUAUUUAUGCACGGUUCUACGCCGCUAUCUGUGUUGCUGAGAACACGCCCGAAACAACAAUACGAACAAUCGAUGGAUUUAUUUGGAUAGAUACUCUGGUCACAUUCCGAGAAUUAUGAAAGUAAUGGGAUAUACUUUUUCUACUAAUUUUUUUUUUCUUUUUCUCUCGUUAAACGAUCGUUAUUAAGGCUAAGGGAACCGCGAAACAUUUUAUACGUACGAAGAGGGAACAAUCUUUGACUCGGUGGUAAGAAAGAAAGAAAGAAAGAAAGAAAAAAAGAAAGAAAAAAAAAACGUGAGUCGAAAAUUUGAGAAAUAGAACGGUAAGGUUUUUUACGAUAGUAUUAUAAUUUUACGGUAUAUGUAUAUAUAUAUAUAUACCGUGUAAUAUAACCUGUUGACGAUAUUCGAGUUUCAAGUUUCACGAAGAAAAAUCUGUAUUGUAUCCUCACGAGGAAUUUCAAAUUUUUCUUUUCUUUUUCUUUUUUCUUUUUUUUUUUUUUCUUCUCUCUUGAGAACGAAAAAAUCUUGUUGCGAGAAAUGAACAAAUUAUAGCGGCACUGUGUUAUUCCAUUCAGAAUUUUAUUCUUGAAAACUUAUAUACUAUCGAUAUAAUAUCGACGAGUUGCGUAUGUUACAUAUAAUAAGAAUUUUUUAGUGGCUAUGUGGAUAGUUCGAGUAAGAAAGAUCCUGAUGAUAGGUCCAAGGACUGCGGAUACUUGUGCUCUCGUGAAAAAUAUUACGUGCAACAAAAAUAUGUAUAUGUAUAUAUAUACAUACAAAACACCCAAUAUAUAUAUAUAUAAAAUAAAUCAUUGCGAUAUUUACUAGGUGAAACAAGCUUCUCUACUCGAGUUAUCUCUUCCUUUUUUUUUUUUCUUUUUUUUUUUUAAUUCAUAAAGAUCAUAAAUCUGCAUAAACAUCCGCAGUCUACUAUUAAAAUAGAUGCAGUAUUUAAUUUCCGAAUGCGUAGGAAUCUUGUAUAUACGGGGAAAAAAAACAACAAAUAAAUGCUACACGAACGAAUAUACGUAGUUAAAGGUGAAGGAAAAAAAAAUAUAUAUAUAUGCAGUAUUCGAUUUUUGGCAAUUCGAUGAUUCGUAAUGGUAGUAAUUUAGUGGAGAGUAGUUUUAUAUGAAUACCAACUCGUCGAAGAAUCUACGGAAAAAGAAGAAGAAAAAAGAAAGAAAGGAAAAAAAGAACGUUUAAUAUUCUGACUUUGAAACGAGCAGCAAUGGAUGCAAUGACACGAGGUGAACAACGUCGGAGCAAUGUUAAUUAAUUAUACUACGUUUCUUCGAAUUUAAAAAAACGUAUACUCCGUAUGUAAUAUUACGAUACUUUUCUUCUUUUCUUUUCUUCUUUUUUUUAUAUAUAUAUACUUGACAUGACAUGUAACUCGUUGUUAUAUAUAUAUAUAUAUAUAUAUACGUAUGCGGAAACAAAUGAUCGAUCUCAAAUCAAUAUGACUUUCGUUCGACUUUUUUAAAAGAAUGAAUUUUAAUCGUCAGCUUCUUUUCUUUUUUUUUUUUUUUUUAAUGAUAAAGAUAGAAAGAGAUUACAAAAUCACUUUAUCACGCUUAAAAAAAAAAACGAAAAAAAAAUAUUUUCCAAACGAUCAACACUUUGCAAUCUCUCUCGAGAAAUAUUCUAUAUAUAAAAAAAAAAAAAAAAAAAACAGGUAAUGAUAAUGGGCGAGCAACGUUCGAUAACGAUGUAAAACCGCACUCCUGUAACCCUGUUAAUAAGUUAAGUUGUCGUUCUCAUCCCGAUGAAAAAAAACGAACGCGUGAGCAUUGGAGAUGAAUGAAAAAUGAAAAGGUUUGUCGCGUGAGUUAAAAAUUUGAUGCAUAUGAAUUGAUUGCGAUGCGGAAAUUAAGAGAAAAAAAAAAAAAAAAAAAAAAAAGAAAAAAAAAUUGAAGAAUUUUUGUUGUAAAAAUCUCUAUUUCGGUGAAGAGGAUGCACGCGCAAAUAUAAGUAAUAAAAGGGAAGCACGUUUUUUUUUAUUAAUGCGAGAAUACGAUGUUUCAACGAGUGUAUAAAAAUUGGCGACGGAGACGAAAAAGAAUCGGAAAAAAGUAAAAAUUGUUAUCGAUACGAUUUAUGGUGUGAUUGUUCGGAGCAUCGCAUCACGAUUUUUUCGAGGCACCCGGUGUAUGUUUAUGAUUAAUUUUUUUUUUUUUUCUUUCUUCUCUCUACUACUGUUCACUACUGCAUUAACUUGACAGAACUUUAAUUUGACACGAUGAAAAAUUGAAAUGUUAUAUCUAUCGUUUGUUGAUACGAUUCAAUAUUAGAGAAGAUUAUUGUUUUUAUUUAAGACACGAAAAUAAUCUAUAUGAAAAAUUGUUUUUAAGAUGGAUAUCAAAUAUGUAAGGGAAAAGAAAAAAAAAAUGUAAAUAUUUCAUAUGAUAACCGAAUGAUAUUGUUUAGGAUACAUCACAUCGCAUAGAGGACCAUUGAGAUUUUCAGUUCAUGGAAAAAGUGCUAUAAUGUUAAUUUAUUUGCACACUUUCAUUUUCAAGUUUCGACGAUGAAACUUGCUCGAUUUCUUCGGUAUCUCGUGUUAAAGGCCCUCAUCGGACCAGCCACACCUAAUCACACAAAUGUACAUACUUAUAUUGCACUAAUUUUAAUAUUGCCGCUGAGUAUUAUAACUAGUCAUAUAAGCCAAAAGUUUGUUACUCUCGUAAAGUUUUCUUUUUUCUCAAUUUUGUAAUAAAGAAUGAUGAGCAAAGUC